AACGAUGGCUCCAUUUCUCUGCAUGUGGAUUGCAGCUUUCUUCGGGGUGAGCCAGGGCUGCCCAGAGCCCUGCACUUGUGUAGAAAAAAAGUUUGGCCGCCAACUCGCAGAGUGUGCUUACCGAGACCUGCAGGAGGUGCCCGCGGGGCUGCCCUCCAACGUGACCACCCUCACCCUGUCGGCCAACAGGCUCCACGCCCUGCAGCAGCGCUCCUUCCUGGAGGUCACCCAGGUGCAGUCGCUCUGGCUGGCGCACAACCAGAUCAGCGCCAUCGAGGCGGGCACCUUUGCUGGGCUACUGCAUUUGAAAAACAUAGACCUGAGCCACAACCAGCUGGCGGACUUCCCCUGGCGGGACCUGCACAACCUCAGCGCCCUGCAGCUGCUGAAGAUGAACAACAACCAGCUGGCGAGCCCCCCGCCCGAGCUCGGCUGGCGGGUGCAGACCGCCAGCCAAGGGACAGAGGUAAAUGGGCCCAGUGUGGAAAGACCCAGGCAGGACCGAGCUGCUGGGGGCUCCAAGCAAAGUGCAGGGAGCUUCGUGAUCUUCAAGAACGGCACCCUGCUGAUUCCCAACUUCAGCAAGCGCGAGGAAGGGACCUACACCUGCCUGGCUGCCAAUGAGGUGGGUGCUGACGAGGUCUCCGCCAGCGUGGCGCUGGCCAGUUCAGAGAGCCUGCUGGAAGAUCUGCUCAGAAACAAGCUCGCAGGUGCAGCCAGCAAGCCUGGAAAGCCAAUUCCUCCCAGGCUGCAGAAAAGCUCGUGAUCAUUUACCGUGUUCCUGCAGGGAUGGGGCGCAGUGGGGGAGGUGCUGUGCUGGAGCCAUGGCGCUGGACUUGCCUGCUCUGGUUGGUCAUUGUCCUCCCUUGGUAGGGGAAAUGCCACCUUUGUAUUUCUGCAUCAUUUAUAUCAACAUAGCACACGCACGCACCGAGCUGCUGGGAGCUGUCUGAGGCGCUGAGAUGCCAGACCCAGGUCUGACUUUCAAACCUCCCUUCACCCCGGAGUUUGGGGGCCUUCGCUACCAAGUGCUUAGUUCAGCUCAUGCUAUUAAAGCAGCCUGCUGGAAAACCUGAUUCCGGAUCCCAGCCCCACCUGCGAGUCUAAGGUGCCGAGAUCAGCAGGCCAAGGGUGAGGGCAAAUCAGGAUUAAAGCCAUCACAGGGCAAUAACCCAGGCCUGGCAUGUCCCAUCUUUCAACUAAACAGGUCCCCUGUUUGUACUAGCCGCCCAGCAUACACUGAUGAGUGAGCCCUGGCACAGAUCCAC